AUGACAAGCUCAAAGGAUAAGGAUCUGAUCGAAUUGACAAAGAAGCAAAAGUGCCGUUAUUUAGGAUCUACAUCGAGCAUGACUAGCGUUUUAUCACACAUUCAUUUCCUCUUAACGAAUUGGAAGCCUGUUAACUUUGAGUCUCUAUCGGAAGACUUUCAAGGAAUGUCAGACAACUUCAGCUACUCAACUAAGCUACCAGGUGCAAUCGUAUUACGUAAAGUAGGCCAAGAAUCAUCAGAAACUACUAAAGAACCGAUAUACGCGAUAGAUAAGGACAAAUCGUAUGAUUUAGAAGAAGACAAUGUGCUUCUUUGGGUAGGAACUCAAUUAGAAAAGCAGCUAACGAUGCCUACUGAUGAGUUCAGUGGUUUGUUACGUGCUAACCCUAUCACCGAUACUGUCAAGGAAAAAAUGACCGAAAGAGAAGCUUAUCACUACUCAAAAGCAAACAAGAUAUUAAUGCGAUCACAACUGGAUUGCUUUGAUAGUAGACUUCCUCGUAAAACAUUCGACAUAAAAACUAGAGCUGUCGUUGCCGUCAGAAUGGAUGUGUUAAACUACAGAGCAGGUGGCGGAUAUAGCAUAAAAAAAUCGCGCGGACUUUUUGAGUCAUUUGAGCGAGAAUACUACGAUAUGGUCAGAAGUGCGUUCUUAAAAUAUAGUUUGCAAGCCCGUAUUGGAGCUAUGGAUGGUAUAUUCGUUGCUUAUCAUAAUACGCAGCGCAUUUUCGGUUUUCAGUACGUACCACUUGAAGAGAUGGAUCAAAGGAUAUACGGAUCGAGUGUAAUGGCGAGUCAGUCAUUUAAGCAUUCAAUUGGAAUAUUAGAGAGAGCUUUAGAUGAUGCAACAGCUUUGAUUCCCGAUGAGUCACUUAGUAUUACCUUUGAUACACGCGAGGGUGAACAAUAUAUGAGUGUCUACGUUGAAUCGGCUGAAGAUACAAGUGAAAACAAAGUUACAUACGUCAUAGACUACGAAGUGAAGUCUUAUAUAAACAACAAAGCGGUACCGAAGGACAAGUUUGUCGAUUUUGCUACUAUAAAAAAUGAGAACGCUUCAUGUAGGUUUUCAGUUACCUGCAUGUGUUCCUCCUAA